CGUACUGCGAUUGCACGAAAAAUAGUCACUUGGGACUUUGGCCUGUUUACUUAGGCUUCAUAAUCAUUAUCAUUGCGUCAUCUCAUGGUUUGUGGACGUUAAGUAAAGGUUAUAAACGUUUUGCGCCUAUUUUACAUUGAAACGCAACUCAGUACACGGUGUUUCUUAUCACUAAUCGUCCGAAAAAUGGUCCCCUAACUUUACUCACCCAACUUCAUAUACGUUAUUCACGAAAUUAUUACGAAUAGGUAGAUAGAAAUAUAUAUUUAAGUACGACUUAAAAAUGUCUCAAUUGGAUAAAAUUGUAGCAGCGUAUCGUGUAGCUACUCAAUAUCCAGCAUUAUUAUCUGCUAGAAUAUUUGAUGGAUCAAAAUCUUCUGUUAGUGUUCAUUCUGUUUGGGUUCAAAGGGUCUUGGAAAGGCAAGCCAAAACCAGGUUCCGGCAAACAGUUUUUUCAGAUUAUAAGACUUACAGUUUAACAUCACCGCCAACUGAUAUAACAAACGAGUUGAUAAGCGCACACUCAAAGUCGAACAAGUAUUUUUGUGUAGUCAGAGAAGUGGAAUCUGGAAAGGAAAUCAAACAAUAUUUAGAAGUAUGGGCUGAUUGUUCUCUGGUGAAAAAUUAUGACUUGAGUGCUUUAGAUGUUCAUGGAAAAAUUUAUGCUGAUGGUGAAUUUGGAACUUUAGAGUGGUCUCCUGAUGAAACAAAAAUUGUUUAUAUUGCUGAAAAAAAAAUACCAAAGUCUGAACCGUUUUAUAAACAAAAAUCAAAAGCAUCGGCUCAGAAAGAUGGUGUUAAUAAUGACAUUGUACCGGGUAAAGAAUAUGAUUGGAGCCAAGAUUGGGGUGAACAAUUGGUUGGAAAGAUUACUCCAGUUUUGGUUGUGUGUGAUAUAAAAACAGAUAGUAUAGAUGUUCUUCCAAAUAUUCCAAAUGAUAUAAAUCCUGCAACUGCAACUUGGAUACCUGAUGGAAAAGGAGUUGUGGCAAUCGGAUAUACAAUUACACCUCGUAAAUUGGGUCUAAUUUACUGUACUAAUCGUCCUAGCCAUGUAUUUUCUCUUACAUUAAGUGGCGAAUAUACUGUGUUGAGUAAAAAUUCAGAACAAUUGUCUAUGAAAAGUCCCACAUUCAAUUUGAGUGGCACAAAACUUUUAUGGUUAGAACGCUUAGCAGAUGGACCACAUCAUUCAUGUUUUAAAUUGAUGUGUUGUAAUUGGUCUACAAAAGAGAUUACUACAGUUGUUGAUUUUGAUAAUAAAAUUCUUCAAGUCAACAAUGAACAAUUGCCAUUCUAUGGUCUGUAUAAUCAAGCCAUACCAAAAAGAAGUUGGCUGAAUGAUGAUAAAACCAUUGUAUUGAGCACUCCUCAAGGUGGUUCUAUACAUACUUUCGCUAUUGAUACUGAGUCAAAAGAUAUCCAUUAUCUUCCAAUUACAAAACCAUUCCAUGAAUGUGUUAGUGUAUUAGAUGUUUUCAAUGAUAUUUUAGUUUGUCAUAAAUCAUCGCUUAAUAAACCUGGACAAUUAUUUGCUAUCAAAAUACCUUCUAUAUCUGAAGGAUAUGAUUUUACAAAUAUUUCCAUUCAUGAAAUUUCUCCAUCUCGUAGUCUUCCAAAUAGUGAUAACUUUAUUGUUGAACAUGGUUAUACUCUUCAUGAUAAACCUACUACAAUUUUCUAUGGACCAAAAAAUAGUAAUUGUCCUUUAAUUGUAUGGCCUCAUGGGGGUCCUCAUUCGGCAUCUUUGGAUUCAUUUAUAGCGGAUGCUGCAUUCUUUGUUCAAAUAGGUUUUGCUGUGUUAUUUAUCAAUUACAGAGGAUCGAUAGGUCUCGGUAAAGAUUAUGUUGAAUCAUUGCUUGGUAACAUAGGUGACGCUGAUGUUAAAGAUGUUUAUAAUGCAGUGCAAUCUAAUCCUUUGUGGUCAAAUAGAAAAUUGUUGUUGUAUGGUGGUUCACAUGGUGGUUUUCUAGUUACACAUUUAAGUGGACAGUAUCCAAAUAUUUUUAAAGCUGUAUCAACUAGAAAUCCUUGUGUUGAUUUACUAUCGCUUUUUGUUACUUCUGAUAUACCAGAUUGGGAUAUUGCAGAAGGUGGUUAUAAUUACUCUGAAGUAGAUAGUUUGGCAAAUUCCAAAGAAGUUUUAAUGAAAUUAGCCGAUUGUUCGCCAUGCAAAAAUGUUCACAAAGUUCAAGCUCCUACACUUUUAUUGCUUGGUGAUAAAGACUUACGUGUUCCCUCGUCUCAAGGUCUGUCAUAUUACCAUCUUCUUAAGAAGCACGGUGUUACAGCUAGAGUAUUGAUGUACAAUGAUUGCCAUCCAUUAAGUACUGUUUCUGCAGACAUGGAUAGUUCAAUUAACACUGCACUAUGGUUUGAAAAGUAUUCAAGUGAUGUUUCUGAAUAAUAAUCUAAACUAUUAUUAUUAUAAUAUAGCUAUAAAUAUAUAUUAUUCAUGGGUUUGAA